UACGUACCUGACGCAACUAAGAGGAAUAUCCCUGCAGAUUGACUCAAAGAUGAUACUUUCUGUAUAUUUUGGAGAGCGUACUCACCUGGGAGCUCCUCCUUUCUUUUCAAGAACGGUAAACGUGUGAGCGUUCUGUCCGGAUCCACUGGCGAUGGCUGCCAUGACCGGUGGCAAACGACGAUUCGAUGCAAUUAGUGAUUCUCAAGUCGAAAGGGAUUCACCGUGUACAUCAUCAUCGAGAAAUAUCCAGACUACGGAGUCUCGGUCGCAUGAGGAGGCAUCCAAUCGUCCCAGAACCAAGCUGAAGCGUUCCUCUUCGAACCUAGAAACGCAGACGGACACAUCGCGUCGUAAUUUCCCUCCCGAUGCUACUAUCGUACUUCUUGGUGUUCGGGGGUCCGGAAAAUCGACUUUGGGAAUCAUAGCCUCAAGGGCAUUCCAUCGGAAACUGGUCGAGUUCGAUGUCUGCUUUAAAGAGGCCACUGGCCAAACCGCAGUAUCGUAUCGGAAGGAGCAUGGAGCGACGGAACAUCAGAGAAAGCAAAUGGAGGUCAUGAGGGACGUCCUCUCCAACAAUGAGAAGGAUUGCGUCAUUAUUUGCGGUCUCCCUGCGAUGGAUAAGACGGUCCAGUUGCAAUUGCAAGAAUAUGCCCAGUCUCAUCCAGUCAUUCAUGUCAUGCGAGAACCGACGAGCGUGCACGAGUAUAUGCAAUCACCGAACGAGAAAUAUUCGGAACUCUUAAGAAUAUGCGAAUCGCUCUUUCGCCGGAUAUCCAAUCACGAAUUCUACAAUGUGUCAGAACGACCAAAUCGACCGAAUCCAAUGGCUGGAGGGGAGCCGCCAGGUGUCAGGUCACCAACUCCAUCCCUCACAUUGAAGCGUGCGGAAAGGCAUUUUUUAAAGUUCAUCACGCUGAUUUGCGCGAAACACAAUGUUUCUAGUCUGGAGUCAGCAUAUCCAUUGUCUCGUAUACAUUUGGAGCGACGAAGAUAUACAUAUGCCGUGUCUGUUCCACUGGCAAAUAUCCUCCCUGCCAAAUCAGAUAUGGAAUCGUUUGAAGCUGGCGCGGAUGCUUUUGAGCUUGUCAUCCCCAACGCAAUCCAAGAUCCGUUCCUAACGGAACAAGAAAUGAAUGACAUUAGCUACGCCAUCGGUCGAAUACGGAGAAAUACAUUGGUCCCGAUCAUAUACCAUGCGGAGGAUCAUUCGGCAGAUAGCCAGAACCAUCGUGCAAGAUACAUGGACUUGAUCCACCAUGGGCUAAGUUUGGCUCCAGAGUACAUCACGAUCGAUCUACGACUUUCGGACCAAGACAUAUCCAAAUUACUUCAUGAACGAGGUGGUACCAAGGUCAUGGCCGUUUUCACGGCGACUGAGCAUGAAUCCCUUCCAUGGAAUCAUGAGAUGUGGACUUCCCUAUACGAUCGAGCCGUCAACCUUGGUUUCGACCUCAUCCGUAUUACUCGCCUUGCUCCAUCAAACAUGGAUGAACCUUCACCUCAAUACGUGUUACCGAAGCCAUCGGCUUCGUCCAGAAUACCGGUCAUCGCGUACGACCUGGGUCCUCGAGGCCGAUCAUCCGCCUGCUUCAAUCCAAUACUUACGACUGUCACCCCAGAACCGAGGAGACCUGGAAACUUGAAUUCCCCCCACAUUACUGCUCGAGAUGCGACCAAUGCCCUGUUCAGUUCAUUUGUUCUGGACCCCAUGAAAUUUUAUAUCGUCGGUGCUAGCUCAUGGUAUUCUUUGUCUCCGGUGAUGCACAAUGCGGCAUACCAAAAUUACGGGAUGCCUCACGUCUUUCGUACACAUCAGACCUCCACAUUACAAGUCUUAGAAGAACUUGUGAAGGAUCACGAUUUUGGCGGUGCAGCUUUGACUCUACCUUUCAAGGUGGAAGUCAUCAAACUCCUUGAUCGGCUGAGCCGCCAUGCUCAGGCAAUCGGGGCAGUAAACACGGUCAUUCCCGUACGACAUUUGAAUGAUGAUGGUUCCGUCCCAUCCGAGUUAGCGAUGGCUCAAAACACCAAUCGUUCCGGGCCAGUGCAAGCCUUGUAUGGGGAAAACACCGACUGGGUUGGAAUUCGUGCUUGUAUCCAGCGUGGACUCUCUCCGGUGAAUGCCGUUGGACCGAAAUCUGCUGCAUUGGUCAUUGGUGCUGGAGGCAUGGCAAGAGCCGCAAUAUACGCGAUGUUGAACCUGGGAGUAAGGAAUAUCGUGAUCCUGAACCGCACAUUUUCGAAUGCUCAGCGCCUUGUGGAGCACUUCACCAGAAUACUCCUAUCUUCGGACGAAGGCAAUAGGUCGGCACAUUUCGAUCCCUUCCCUUCCUUCGUCCUUCCGCGGGGCGAGGUGAAAUUCCACGUGUUGCACUCUCGAGACGAUGUUUGGCCAGCCGAUUUCCGACAACCAACCAUCGUUGUGUCAUGUGUCCCAACCCAUAGAGUGGGCAACAAUCCUCCUUCGGACUUCACCAUGCCUUCCACAUGGCUUCAGAGUCCCACGGGCGGAGUAAUUCUUGAGGUUGCCUACAAAACACUCUCCACCCCUUUGCUCCGACAGAUUCGAGCCGAAGCGAGUCGGGGAUUUAUCCCGAUGGACGGGUUAGAUCUUCUACCUGAGCAGGGUUUUGCACAGUUUGAACUAUUCACAGGCAGAAGAGCCCCACGACGAUUGAUGCGAGAAGAAGUAUUACGCAAUUAUCGAGACGAGAAUGGUGAAAUGCAUGAAGAUCUCAUCAGGUCAAGACUAGCGGCAGUCAACGAGCAAGGUCCGUAGGAGACCACUCCCACCUCCACGCAUGUUUCCAUCUGGCAGCAGAGCCUUCAUCAUGUAUGAAUUGUUUCAUAUCUCUAAUGCACAUGAAGGAUUCCAUCGUAUGAAUCUAUGAGAUCUUCGUCGAUGAAUACCGGUGAAGCAAUUCCACCGAUUCAUUGUAUGUGAUCCGUGGAAUGUCUCUAUCCAACUCUCCAUAUGUAACCAUACUGGCCAUUUCCACGACCUUUAUCUCGUAGGCCACGUUUUUCACUUGUAAUACUAUAUAAAUUCCUGGGGAUACCUAUCAGAGUCCUGGUUUCUCGUUUCGUGUCAGCGAGUUUGCAAAGUCGGCAAUCUGGUGGUUGAAGUUUUGGUCGCCAGUGAAGCGCUGUCCAUUCAUCUGUCCUUGUUUCAACAUGUUUUGGGAAGCGGGUAUACUUCCGCAGUCCGAACGAGCCGUGUCAU